GCCAUAUUGUUUAUAAUUAUAAUGUUGAUUAGGUGUAUGCAUUUAAAUAUCUCAAUUCUGAUUGUGGAGUAUAUAUAUAUAUAUAGGUUCUGUUCUUGUUAGUGUUCCGUAUAUUUCCUGACUGAUUACAUAGAAAUAGCAGGUGGAGAUUAGGUCUUGGGUUUUGUUCUGAUUAUUUGAAGGUGAUUUGUAGGAGAAAUGGGUUGGCUCUGAUCCCGGGAGGUAAUCCGAAAGGCACUCUUGAUUUUCUGGGGGCCAUUUUUGAUUUCUUAGGAUUGGUUAAUGGUUGAAAAAGGAGGUUUGGGGUUGGGUUUCACUGGUUGUUCUAGUCACUUAGUUGAUGAAUUUUUGGAGCAUAGAAGAAUUUUAGGGUGAAGAUGCUGAUUGGUGUUGAAAGAAUUCUGUCAAAGUCUUGAUCUUUGGAUAAAUACCCAUUUCAGCUGCACUUCUCCUUAGAUCCUUCAAUUUUAGCUCAUUCAAUGACCAGUUUGGACUUCACUGGUCAUUGAACCCUUGACUUUGAUUUGAGAUCACUCCAAUUGCAUACUGAAAGGGAAAUUUUGGGUAGGAUAGGAGUGGGUUUAAGUUCAAAGCAGAGGUUUCAAACUUAUGAUUGUUAGGAGGAGAAGGGAGUGAAGGAAGAGACAUUCAGCAAUAACUAGGCCAUGUAGUCUAGGAAAUUUGAUAUAUGACGAAUCAGUGAUAACCAGUCGCAUGGAAAUCACUGGGCUUGAGCCAAUAGCUGAGUCCGCAAGCUUGUUGUCAGACCUCCCUAAAACCAAGCUGCCUUUACUAUCUAUUGCUAGUGAAAGUAAAAAUAACAGCUGUCAUGAUCCCCACACCGAAGCAAGUAGAGUGACAGUGCCUAAAUAUGAUGAAAUCAAGAAAGAAGAAUCCAACUUGUUGAAGAUGGUGACCGAAAACAGUUGUUUGAUUUCGAGUGAUACAAUCAAUCAGGAAGGGGCAGAAGAUGUUUUGAUAUCUUUGGGUGGUGGUCCAUCAGUACAGAAUGUUUGUUCAGAACCUGUGGCAAGUGAUGUUAGCAGCAUCCGUGGUGAGGAAUAUAUGGCUUUAGAGACUAAUUCUGAGGCGUAUUCAUCACAUACCAUGGAUAUUGAUCAGAAUAUAGGUAUUCUUCAAACCAUUGAUAAGUUCUGUUCAUGGGAAUCAAAAAUUGAGUCAGACAUCAUACAAAAUCUUAUUGUCAUGGUAGUCAAUAAUGAUACUAUGGCUAUCGAAGAAUCUAAGCAAAAAUUGUCUCUCUCACAUCCCAAGGUGUCACAGCAAAAUAAUGUAAGAGAGCAAAAUUUGUUCGGGUUGGAUUCUAUACCUCUUUGGGGUUUUACAUCCAUCUGUGGUAGGCGGUCAGAGAUGGAAGAUGCUGUUGUAGCUCUACCAUGGUUCUUGAGAUUUCCUAAUCAAAUGUUAAUGGAUGACCUGAUUCCAGAUUCAACGAGUCAAAAUUUAAUAGCUCAUUUUUUUGGAGUUUACGAUGGACAUGGAGGCUCUCAGGUUGCCGAUUAUUGCUGUGACCGUGUUCAUUUAGUUUUAGCUGAGGAGAUUGAACUUGCAAUAGAGGAAUUGCAGAAUGGAAGUGUUAGAUAUAACUGGAAGGAGCAUUGGGAGAAAGCUUUCAAUAAUUGUUUUCAUAAAGUAGACGAUGAGGUUGGAGGAGUCCAAAGAGGCAAUGGAGGCCUUGCAGAUGCCUUUGCGCCCAGUCUUAAACCUGUUGCUUCCGGCGCUGUUGGGUCUACAGCUGUGGUUGCUGUUGUUUUUCCAAGCCACAUCAUUGUUGCUAAUUGUGGUGAUUCAAGGGCAGUCCUUUGUCGUGGAAAAUUGCCGAUGCCUUUGUCUAAUGACCAUAAUCCAGACAGAGAAGAUGAACUUGCAAGGAUAGAAGCUGCAGGAGGCAAGAUCAUUAAUUGGGACGGAUUCCGUGUUUCAGGUGUACUUGCAAUGUCAAGGUCCAUUGGUGAUAGAUACUUGAGACCAUAUGUUAUUCCAGAUCCAGAAAUAAUAUUUGUUCCCCGAACAAAAGAAGACGAGUGUCUUAUUCUAGCCAGCGACGGUCUAUGGGAUGUUGUAAAAAACGAGGAGGCUUGUGAUAUGGCACGGAGGCGAAUCCUCCUCUGGCACAAAAAGAAUGGGGAUACCAUGUCGAAAGAACGAGGUGAGGGAGCUGACCCUGCUGCUCAAGAUGCAGCAGAGUACCUGUCGAGACUUGCUCUCCAAAGGGGAAGCAGAGACAAUAUCUCUGUGAUUGUAGUGGACCUAAAAGCUCAAAGGAAAUUUAAGAAGAAAAGUUAAACUCAUUGAUUUCUCUCCUCCAUUUGUUCUUGUUGGAGAUAGCCGUGUAAAAAAUAGAUUUGAAACGCAGGAGUAUUGAUUAUAAGUUGUCACCCAACUCCCUACUUUUCACAAUGUAAAUAUGGGUCUUAUUGUGGUAUGAGUCGCUGGGUCUAGUACUGGGUUUUCAUUACUUGCUGCAUUCUGGUCUGAGUGAGAUUCUACCAGCCAAUUUUGCUCCCCCCUGCAUUAC